AUGCCGGGCUCGGGCCCAGGCCGUAGCACGGGGAGCAGGCAGUGGGGGCUGGUGGGAGGAUGGGUUGAAGGGACUUGGUCCUUGUGUCACUGGGAGAGCACGGGGUCAGAUGGCUCCGUCUUGCAGUCCCAGCUAGUCGCAGCUCUGAACAGGUCUGCACCCACAGGGGCUCAGGGGGGCCACGUGGCCUGGGCUCUGCUAGAAGAUGGGACCGUCAAGGUCCGUGUGGUGAUGCAAAGCCCCAUGAAGAAGGCUGAGGAGCUGAAGCAGAGGGGAACCGAGGUCAUGAAGGAUCAGUACAGUGAGCCGUCACUGGAGCUGACCUUGGUGGGUGCUUACAGAGCCUUUGCUGACUGCAGCAAAGAGAAGGAAAUCACACAGGGAAAGCAGCUUGCUGACCUGUUGAAGCACCUUAGUCUGCAUCACCUCAUGUACAGCGGCCUGGAGAACAAGAAGCAGCUGACGGGGGGCCGGCUGGAGGUGCUCCACUUGAACAGCAAAGCCAUGGUGGAGGAGUACUUCCAGAAAGCCGGUGUUCCUACCAUGACCAUCUGAUGGCCAUUGUACUUUGAGAAUUUCCUCUCCAUUUUCAAGCCGCCGAAGGUUCUGCAUGGAGAUACCUUUGUCCUGGCACUGGCCACAGGGGACACACACAUGGAUGGGAUGGCAGUGGAGGACAGCGCGCCUAUUGUGCUUUGCCUGCUGGAGAAAUACAGCCGAGUGAUCAGGCUCAGCACAGGCAAGCUCACUGAGGCAGAGUACGCCACUGUCCUCUCCUAGCAGAUGGGCAAGACCAUGGAAGCCAGAAAGAUCUUGCCAGAAUACAAGAAACAUGGCUCCCCCAGGGCCAAGGAAACAGCUGAUAUGUUCCAUUUCUAUGCCCUGAAGCCAGAAUGCAACAUGGCCCUGACCAUGCAACUCAACCCAUCAGUGGGUAGCAGACACUAAGGCCGCCUUCUGACCCUUCCCUCCUUCCUCUUCCACCCCAGUUUCUGCUGCAGGCAGCAGGAACUGGCCAAGGAGGUGAGCUGUGCUGAGCCAUGCUGCCUUUCUGCUAGCACACUAGUGAAAGGCUGACCCUGCCAGAGCUGGGCGGAGCUCUGGUCCACAUGUGUACCCUAGGGCUCUCCUGCAACCUGGUUGAGACUGUUCAGACCAGUGCAGGGGCUGUACAGCUGCAGGCAGACAAGUAGGAGAAGUGCUACCUUUGCACACCAUCUUCAGGGCAGCAUUUAGGGAUUCUGAGUGUUUUCACAUCUGUAGGGUGGUGGCAGCUUGUUUUCCGAGGAUCACUCUCUUCCCUAGGCAGCUCUGAGCGCACAGCACCACUUGCUGGGCUGAACUUUUUCCUCUUACUGGGGGAGGGAAAGGGCAUGAUAGACAAGGUCAGAAGAGUAGACAAGGCAACAAAGGCACAGCACAUGUUAAAUAUUUUUAUGAAGUCCAUAUUAUUUACAUGGAUACAGAAUCACUUUACAGACAGUUCAAUCAGGCAGCAACACGUGCUUUAUUUCAGCAAAUUAAGAAGGGCAAGACUACACCCUGUCCUCGUUUAACUGGUUGAUUAGUACAGGGGCUGAUGGUACCUGCAUGGUAUAACAGCAGGCAACAGUAACCAUGAAAAUAUGCACUGCAAGAGCUCAACUCCAUGUGGAAGGAGUGAUCCACUUCACUUGUAUUCUUGCACAUGUAGAGAACAAUGACUGUUUGACCAAUCACUUAUGCUACAGGUAUUACACUAAUGUAAUAAAAGACUUUGCCAGUUUAGGACAAAGGGCUUGGUGAUAAACUCUUACCCAUUCACGAGCGACAGCGUUGGUGUUGUAACUUUAGUUAUUGGUGGGGGGAGGGAAACCUGAGGCAAAGUGCAGAUUCCAUCACUGCUCUUUGUGCAGGAAACCCCAUGGCUGCCCAGGAAGGCAGGACAGCUGAGCUCUAACGAGCCCCAGCCCCAGGGAGGCUUCCCACUCUAAGCUGUGCAGGACAGCCAGGAGGGCUGGCAUGAAGACAGGGUUAAAACUCACUGACCCACACACUCCUAGGAGAAAAUAAGCAGUGCUGAGUUCACCAAGCAUAUCUAGCAUUCAGAAGGGCACCUGAGUGAGCAGCAGCCAUCUUGGACUUCAUACAGCAAACUGCUCCACUCUCUGCUGAAAGGGCAAAUUUUAUUUCACAUUUCCACUGUUUUAGGUUCUAAAUAACGUUUCAACUUUAAUUUUUACCAAAGAAGCUUCCAGCAGCAGUAGGGACUGUGGAGCAACCUUAAGAGAGCCACAUUUCUGCAAAGCUGGCAUUUUCCUUCAUUACCAUUUCCUAGGACGGUUGGUGGUUUUGUACGAUGACGACUGUUGGUGUCUCAGUGGUUUGUAGCCUCUCCAGCUGGGGUUCUCACUGUGCUGCUGACUGACAUCCUUCGCUCUCCAGAGCCUGCUGCCAGAAAGAUUCAUCCCCAACUGCAAAGAUGGUCUGCUGCUGCUGGGUCUUAGUUUCCAGCAGAACGCUUCCCUGUGGUUGAAGCAAGAGAAAAGUUGAGCAUUUCCUGACCAAAUCGGCCUGAGGCAUGCAGCAUCCCCUGCGGCCCGCUCUGUGAGCACACCUCCCCACCUGACUUGCUGACAGUGAGCUGCGCAGAACAGACAAGUUUGAAGCCUGCAGUGACAGGAAGCUGAGCCCUAGAAUCCAAGACACAGGUGUCUGCCAUAGAUGAUUUCAAGCCUACCAUGCUCCCUCACAGCAGGCAGAUGCCAACUCAGUGGCACCCUCAGUUAUAACACUAUUCAUCUGUGUGGCGGGAGCUUUGCUGUGCUUUACAACAGACCGAUUCCUUCCUGGUGCUGUGAGCCCAUGGUAGGGGCAAGUCCAGCCUGAGCAUACUGGCAACAGAGGCUCCACAGGCCCACCUGUGCCUCCCAGCAAGCCCGGGCUUUACAGUGGCAGCAGGACUGCCCCGUCCCAGCUUUACCAGCUAAUGGGAACAGCCUCAGUGCUUUGAAUUGGGUACAGCCACUGAGCGGACAAGGCAGCAGAACUGUAGGGGAGGCCAGCAAUCUCCCUGAAGAUGUACCCAACAUUUUUCAAUCAUUUUUGCUGCAGCAACAAUACAAGUUAGUCCCUGGCUUUUUGCUCCAGGUCACAGGGGACAGCUAGGACUUUUCACACGAGUGGCUGGAAGGCCUGAGGCUAAGUGAGAAGCAAUGCUGUGCUUUUGCUGCUUCUACCUCCCAAGAGGCACAAACUCUGCUUAGUGUGGGGGAAAGACAACAAUAAAACACAAGAGGCCUCCUACCUCGGAUGGGGUGUCAGGAGCUAAAUAUUUUCUUAAGUUUGGAAAGGAAUCCCUCCUUGUUCUCCUCAGCCUCAGGCCUAUCCCCGCCUGCGUCAGUGCUAGCCGUGGCCCUGCCACCUGGAUACAAACAGCAAAAGGCUGCAGUCAGAUACAUCUCCCACCAGUAGCCAGCACGCCUGAUAAAGUGAGAGGGUUAUUUUAGAUGGGGAAUGGUCAAGUCAAGGCAGCUGGUUUUGCCUGCAUCCUCACGUACAGGGCUGUUCCUGGCAGUGAGCCACAGUACUGGACCACUUGCAGUGAAAGCACUGGAGAGCCCCGACCCCAGAAGUGGAAGAGACAACCAUGAGCCCUGGUAACACUGUUCCCUUCCCCUCUCCCCAGCCCUCCAACUGGCAAGGUAAUUCUCAUGCCAUACAAUCAAGUCAGGGUCCCCACAGGCUUUGGAAACAAGCACUUGGAAUUGAAAGCCUGCCACUAAAACCAAGCUGUCAAUCUGACCACAGCCAGUUGUGACUCUACAGAGAAAACAAAGCUAUACUGGCAGUCCCUGCGACAAUCUGUCUUCCUGUUUCAUGGUCAUGUUGUGACCUUUUAGAGGAAAGCAGCGUGAAACAAUGCCUCAGGUCACCCUCCAUGCAAUGCUCAGACAAACAGUAUCAAGGAGAAAGUGAACUCAGGCUAGGAUGAAAGGCUACGAGUAUUUCAGAACAAGUGUCCAGAUAAGGAAUCUUUCUGGCAGCAACAAGCAUAACUUUCCUAUAUGAACAGGUUCUGAGAAGUUGCUUGGCUCUCUGAGAAGUGGCUACUGCAAGAACAAAUCCAAUCUGCUUUUCCUGCAGUAAAAUCAUCAGUAACGAAACCCCCGAAUCUUCUUCGAGCUUUCUUUGCACGCAGAGAACACGAAGUCCAGCCCUCACCGUCCACCCCCAGCUGACUGCCAAGGCCGAGCUCAGACUGAUGCAAUGGUACGAAAUUACGAGGCCUGUGGCAGAACAUGCCUCCAUCCACUCAGCGUAUUUCUGCUUCCCAGAGCAAUGGCACACUUUCAGCAACAGCCUGUCUACACUGCAAACUGCUGGUAUUGGUUUUAAUCCACCUUGCUGCUUAAUUGUGGUAAAAAACAGAAGAUUUGCUUUUCAAAAAUUAAGUUUGGAGAGCAUUUUUUUCCCUUUGGCACAUAAGCAUCUGAAAAAGCCGAAAUGAAAGUUUUGUGCUUAGAGAUCUCUUCCCUUCCCCCCGCCCUGGGCUGACCUUUAAUGUUUACCCUCAGCAGAAAAGACUUAACUUCUGUGUUAUGAAAGCAUUAUAAAACAUAACAUCAGUAAGUAUUUGGCAGAUUCUGCCUUCCAAUAUCCAGAACUUCAGCCUGUAUUUCUCAGGCUUUGGCACAUGUGGCAGAGAGGACCCGAGUUCUGGUAUCAUUUAGCAGCUUUGAAAGGCUCUCACCUUUGCCUAGCUGUAUGCAGUCACAAAUGCCCUUUUUUGUUUCAAACAUAGAAAGAAAUCACAAUCCAACCACAGUAAGUUCAUUGUUCCAAUACAUGCAAAGAAAAAAUUGUUUCCCAACAGCACAAGACAAAGCUCUUGCUUUACUGUUCUACCAUGUGUUUUUUUUCUUUAGCUGCUAUUGCUGCCAGGUACCUCACCACUGAAACUUAAAACACAUUAUCGCUGGAUCAAAAUUUUUAAUCUGGAGGUGAAAGAGCAGCUCUACAAAGCUCCCAGCUGGCUUCACUCCCUCCAUCACACUGGAUGCUGUCUGGAUCCACCACUCAGCACCAAUGAACAUUUCUAUCCGUGAUUCUCCCUUAUGCACAGAAUACAGCUUAGAGCUACCAUGACAGCAGUACCCCCCUUCAGCUUUCAAGGAGAAACGUCCCCACUGUGGUCAGAACAACGGAUCAGCUCACACAGAAAACUGGCCUGAAACAUGUUCUCUUUUUCUAACUCUGCUCCUAAAAUAAGUUACCUCUGGCACAGGGGCAGAAACAGGGAGUGGAAGGCUUUCAGCACCACAGCAAGACUCACCACAACUUGUCAGGACCCCCAAGUAUCUCAAUCCUGCUCUCAGUUCACACACAGAUUUGUCCAGUAAGCAAUAAAGUUUUCUGGGAAGAGGCUA